AUCGAGGUAGUAGCUGGUGGCAGUGGGGAUGAGGAAACAUUGCCGGCUAACUAACGUCGCGUCAGUCAGCUGUUGUCCUGUCGAAACCAGCCCGGGUCGGUUAUUUUAGAAAGCCGAGAGGACGUUCAACGAAAGGAAAGUCGAGAUGGAGAUGCUGUGUUUCCGAUUGCCGGGCCACGGCGACACGACCCUGAAGCACAUGAAUACACUGAGGUCCCGCCAGCACUUCUGUGACAUCACCAUCGUGACCAGCAACAACCAGACAUUCAAAGGACAUAAGGUUGUGCUGGCUGCCUGCUCGCCCUUCUUGCGGGACCAGUUCCUCCUCAACCCGUCCCCCAAGCUUCAGGUGUCAAUGCUGUACAGCUCCACAGUCGUGUGCGAUCUGCUUCAGUCUUGUUACACCGGCGUCUUGCAGUUUAACCCAGAGGAGAUUGUUAACUACCUGACCGCUGCCAGUUACCUACAGAUGGAGCACAUUGUGGAGCGCUGCCGGGGAGCACUGAAGAAGUAUGUGCAGUUAAAGAACCCUGGUCCACCAAAGAUGACUGCUGAGGAGAGCCAGUCUCGUCCAGUGAUCAUCAGCGGUAGCAUUCAUUCUGUCGCGUCUCCCCCCGUGGGCAGAUCCUCCGCUGUGCAGGCACACAGUCCCGUAUUACACUCACUGGAGGAGAACAGCGGUGAUAUGUCUGCUCAGGGCAGCAGUCAGCACCACGAUGACAGUACCAUGCUGGAUCAGCCAUGUAUUAAGGUUGCAUCAGACGAGGAGGAAGAGGCCAGGCAGGAGGACUACGACGUGUUGAGAGUUUACAUCGCUGAAGAAGAUCAGAUGAACAGGGACCAGGAGGAGGAGAGAGGAGCUCCCUCUGACGGACCUCAAGACGAGUGCUACCCAGAGAUGGAUGGUGUCGUGAUCGGAGGCGACGGCAGCGAAUUCGACUUGAAUCCAACAGAGGGAGAUUUCAGUACUGGGGGACUUUCUAUAGAGGGGCUCCGUGCUUUCAGGCGAAGGCUGUCUGACCCUAAAAUCGGCCGGGGCAGAGGGAGAGGGAGGGGGCGGGGCUUUAAGAGGAGACGAUGGGUGUCGUCACAGGAGAGAAGACCUCCAGGCAUUGAUCACCACCAGGAUUUGUGGUAUCUGGCGACUGCAGGGAUGGGAGGGAGCUUUGGGCUGGACUACAGCCAAGAGGGGCUGAAGGCGGGAGGUUACGUCUCAGUUGACCUCCCGCGGUUAGACUUUGGCAUGGGUGACAAUCAGGGAGAAAAGGACUCACCAAUGGCUGCCAACAGUUUGACCCAGUAUGCCCUGGAGGAGUCGAGCUGCGCUGCUGGUGAGGGAAGCUCAGGGUUGACGAAUGUGGGAACAAACGAGGGAGGGGAUGAGUCAGUCGCAGUGGUGGGAUCAACUUCAAGUGUCACUGGGCCUGUAAUCUGCGAGCACUGCGGCAUGACGUUCCCCUCCGCCCACUCCCUCGCCAUCCACUCCCGCUCCACCCACCUGCUGUACGCCUGCCCCUGCUGCGGCAAACAAUUCCACCACUCGGCCAACCUCACCCGACACAUGGCCGUGCACCGAGGCGUCGGCAAAACCCACCAGUGCCCCCUGUGCUACAAGACUUUCACGCAAAAAUCCACACUGAUAGACCACAUGAACCUGCACAGCGGUGAGCGGCCGCACCGCUGCGCAUACUGCCACGCCCGCUUCGCCCACAAGCCUGCCUUACGACGCCACCUGAAGGAGCAGCACGGGAAAACCACGGGGCAGAACUCCCUGCACGAGCAGGAGGAGAGGGAAAGGGAGAGAGGAGCUGCUGGAGGGAUACGAGAGGAAGAGCAGGAGUGUCUGGUGACUGAACAAGUGUCAUAAGCCAAAGGGUUAAAGACAUGAAUGUGUCUGAAGCUCAUCGUCUUACUGCUGUCAAAUGAGGAGAUCAGUCUGUUGGGGCUGGGAACUGACUAUGAGGCCUUUUAGAAUCUCAGACUGUGAUUCCUUUCUCAUGAAAUACUGUCAAAUAUUGAUAAAAGUAUGCACAUAAACUGAUGGAAGUAGGUAAAAAAUAAAUAAAAGAGGCCUUUUUAUCACAUUCUUACUGUUCGCAGUGGGAAAAGCACAGGUUUUAUUUCCAACAUUAAUAGUAGCUGGGGCUGCUAGAUACGACCAAAAUCUCAUAUACAUCAUACCAAAUCUAUAUCAGAUACAUAUCACAACAUAGCACAGUUUCUGUAAAUUCAAUGAACACACAUCUCAAAUGUGAUAGUAGAGGUUAGCAGUGUGAGCUUAAUAUAAAUGAGCUCACACCACUACAUGAUCUUUAAAAUUAAAUGUUUCCUACGUAAGACAUUUUUUUUUAUUGCCACAUAUCAUCAUAUCAUGGAUGUUUUGUUUUCAUCUGUCCCAGUAAGCCAUUAAGAUCUUGGUAUAAGACUUUUCUGAUACCAACUCCGUUAUCACCUCCGCUUAUCAGUCCAAUUUUGACAUUCUGUCAUUGCAUAAAAUGGAUGAAAUAUGAGAAUAUUUGUAUGUUUUUUUAAUUUAGGUUUUCAGUCAAGUAACUCAUCUACUGUACGUGUGGUUAGAAUGUUAUAACACUGGAUAUUUAACAUCUGUAAUGGAUGUGCUGCUCAGUUGGGUAUAAGGUUGUCAUGAUAUUUAGAAUUUUAAACUACUGAUACAGUACUUACUCCAUAUGAUACCUUGACAAAAGUAAAACAAAUCUUAGACACACAAAAUAGCAGUGUUUUAUUUUUAUUACCAACCUGGACUCAGUGCUGGCACAGAAAAAGUCACUGAACACACACCACCAACAUGUUUGUAUUAAUGAUAAUAUCUGUGCAGCAUUGAGUUGAAAAUCAGACUGUAGAGUCUUUUGGUUUCGGUAAAUUCAGGACUAAAGAACGCAUAUAUUGUACUGAAGUAUUGACAUUUACACAACCUUAGUUGGGAAGCAGUGGCACUCAUGUAGUCAUCAACUGACACUGUUCUCAUCUUUGUGUAAUAAAAACAUGCCACCACAAGUUUAAUGUGAUUGUUUUUGAUUAGAAAACAGUCCGAAAAAUAUAUAAAUUGGGAGGCAUAAAAUUCCGAUGGAUCAGGAGAUGUCAAACCUGUUUUUGACUCCAUAAUAGCAGGAACCUGAAACUUGAUCUUGAGAGAUUUCAGCCAACAGUGACAUUUAUUUUUACACCUGUGCUUCUCCCAAUGUGACGUGUCAAAGUGUCCUCGGCCAUAAAGGCUUGUUGAGUUUUGUGUCUCUUUAGACUAGUUUGUUCAGUUUGACCCAGAACUGUAAUCCUGAACUUGAAUAUAUGUAUCACAUGUUCAGCGCGAUGACUCCUGCUGGGCAAAGACAAGAUGACGUGUAAAUAAAAUGAUCUGUAAGUCUC